AUGGUGCUUGCUGUCCCUACUCCGUCCAACAAAGGAAUUUUCGCAAAACGUUCUUUCCAGGUGCCUCGUCACCUGAACACGGCUCACCCUACUGGUCCCAAUGGCCCGGCUGCCAUGAGGAAGGUGUUCAGGAAAUACAACCUCAAGGUUGAUGAAAAGUUCGUGAUCAAGGAUGGAUGGGUCACGAACAACAAACGAAGCAAGAAGACGAAGCCCGCUGCUUCUGCUGCCGCUGCUGGCACGGGCAACCAAACUGGCUCCGUCGCCGCCAACCCGGAGGAGAAUGCUGCGCUGUUUCUCUCGCCCGUCGAUGUUGGUGGUCAGACGAUGAACUUGGACUUUGACACUGGGUCCUCUGACUUGUGGGUUUUCAGCACCGAACUCAACGCAGCAACAAUCGGUCAACAUUCCGCCUUCGACGCAUCCAAGUCGACGACUUUCAAGAAGACGACCGGCGCGGCGUGGAAGAUCAGCUACGGUGACGGAUCCGGCGCUUCUGGCACAGUCGGCACCGACACCGUGACCAUCGGCGGCGUCAAGGUCGAGAACCAGACCGUCGAGCUCGCAAAUAAGGUCUCCCAGUCCUUCGUGCAGGACACAAACACAGACGGCCUCGUCGGCCUCGCCUUCUCCAGCCUCAACACCGUAAACGACGGCACAAAAUCCACCCCCCAAAAAACCUUCUUCGACAACGUCAUGCCCACGCUCGACCUCCCCGUCUUCACCGCCGACCUAAACCCCGACGGCAGCGGCGUCUACGAAUUCGGCGCAAUCGACUCCACAAAAUUCACCGGCGCCAUGUCCUGGAUCCCCGUCCAAUCCACCUCGGGCUUCUGGCAAUUCGCGUCCACAAAAUUCAGCGUCGCAGGCCAAACAUUCUCCAACCCCUCCGCCUCCGCCGCCAUAGCCGACACCGGCACCUCGCUGCUCCUCGUCGACCAGCCCGUCGCAGACGCGUACUACCAGAACGUGCAGGGCGCGGAGCUGAAUGCGCAGGUUGGUGGGUAUGUGUAUCCGUGUGAUGCGCAACUGCCGGAUAUGGCGGUUGCGAUUGGGGACGCGUAUAUGGCUACGAUUCCGGGCAGUCAGAUUACGUUCGCGGCGGUGGAUCAGGCGAAUUCGACGUGUUUUGGGGGCGUGCAGGGGAAUCAGGGGGCUGGGUUGCAGAUUUAUGGGGAUGUGCUGUUUAGGGCGCAGGUUGUGGCGUUCAAUGGCGGGAAUCAGUCUUUGGGGGUUGCGCCGAAGAAGGGUGUUGCUUAG